AUAGCCACAAGUUUGAGCUCGAGGUAUGUCUGCGUGAUGACUCGGAAAGGUACUGCCAAGUUAGAUGAACUUCGCAAGAUCGAGGGUCAGGUGCAGACUUUUUGGGAGUCAAAUAAAGUAUUCGAAGCAAACGUUCCUUUGGAAAACAGUGAAACAAUUCAAAAAUACUUCGUCACUUUCCCUUACCCCUAUAUGAAUGGAAGACUACAUUUGGGCCACACAUUUUCUUUAUCGAAAUGCGAGUUUUCCGUCGGAUACGAACGACUAAAGGGGAAGUUGACCCUAUGGCCCUUCGGUCUUCAUUGCACCGGUACGCCUAUCCUAGCGUCUGCAGACAAAUUGUCACGAGAAUGCAAGGAGUUCGGUUGUCCGCCUGUUUUUCCACCUGAGGCUUCAAAGCCUUCUGCUGAUAUUGAGGCAGUGACUCCUGCUCAAGGUAAAAGCAAAAAAAGUAAGGCUGUUGCGAAGGCUGGUGGCGCAAAAUUUCAGUGGCAAAUAAUGGAGAGCCUUGGCAUGGAGAACAAUGAAAUCGCUAAAUUUAAAGACCCUGAAUACUGGUUGACGUUUUUCCCUGCUUUAGCUGUUGAUGAUUUGCGAAAACUAGGUGUCAAGGUUGAUUGGAGGAGAUCCUUCAUUACAACAGACGCUAAUCCCUACUAUGAUUCAUUCGUUCGUUGGCAGUUCCUGACUCUUAAGAAGCAAGGAAAAAUUCAGUAUGGUAAACGAUAUACCAUAUUCUCUGCUCAAGAUAAUCAGCCAUGUAUGGAUCACGAGAGAACUGUUGGCGAGGGUGUCGUUCCGCAAGAAUAUACGUUGAUUAAGCUGAAAGUCAUAUCCGAAUUUCCUUCGAAAUUUAGUUGUUUAAACCAGUUAAAAGUACCCAUAUUCCUUGUUGCGGCAACUCUACGUCCUGAAACGAUGUUUGGCCAAACUAAUUGUUGGGUACAUCCAGAUAUAGAUUAUGUCGGAGUGAAAAGCAUACAACAGUCUUGUAUACUAAUUUGUACUCAACGCGCUGCUCAAAACAUGGCGUAUCAGGGUAUUUUAGAUCCUUUACGCCCUGGGCAUAUCGACAUAGUUGCGAAUUUCAAAGGUACUGAUCUUCUCGGAUUAAAAGUCAAGGCUCCAUUAUCCUCUUAUGAAUCUGGAGUUUUCGUUUUACCUAUGAUGUCAAUUCGAUCUUCUAAGGGUACCGGAGUUGUGACUAGUGUUCCUAGCGAUUCUCCAGAUGAUUGGGUCGCUUUGCAAGAUUUAAUUAAAAAGCCUGCAUUCCGGACGAAGUACAAUCUCCUUGACUCGAUGGUCAUACCAUUCGAACCGAUUCCUAUAAUUGAGACACCAGGUUUAGGUAGUUUACCAGCUGUCACAAUAGUAGAUCAGUUAAAGAUUCAAAGUCAAAAUGAUCGAGAUAAAUUGCAAGAGGCUAAAGAAAAGGUUUAUCGUGUUGGCUUUUACGAUGGGAUUAUGUUGGUUGAAAAAUAUAAAGGUUUAAAAGUGAAUUCAGUGAAGAAACUUAUUCAAGAUCAAUUGGUUGAAACGAAUGAUGCUAUAAUUUAUUACGAGCCGGAAAAUCUGGUCGUUACACGUGGUGGUGAUGAAGCAGUGGUUGCUUUGUGUGAUCAAUGGUAUCUAGAUUACGGUUCAGAGGAAUGGAAAACAGAAGUCCGUAAAGCAGUAGCCAACUUGUCAGCAACUGAUGAGAUUAGACGCGGUCUUUAUUCAACCGUUGACUGGUUGCAUGAACAUGCUUGCUCUCGUACAUAUGGGUUGGGUACUCGUUUACCAUGGGAUGAUAAGUGGCUUAUUGAAUCUUUAUCUGACUCUACAAUAUAUAUGGCAUAUUAUACAAUAGCUCAUUUGUUGCAAGGCGGGUCAUUAGAUGGUAGAAAACCUGGUCCUCUUAAAAUUUGGCCAGAACACAUGACACCGGAAGUGUGGGAUUACAUAUUUUUGGGAAUAGGAGAUCCAGACGAUUUAGUCAAAAUUAACAGACAUUCAUCUCUAAGUGUACCAAUGUUGAAAAGACUCCGUAAAGAAUUUCUUUUCUGGUAUCCAGUUGAUUUAAGAGUUAGUGGAAAGGAUCUUAUCUCCAAUCAUUUAACCUACUACUUAUAUAAUCAUACUGCUAUAUGGCCAAAUGAUCCAAAUUUAUGGCCUCGAAAUAUACGUGCCAAUGGCCAUUUGUUAUUGAACUCUAAUAAGAUGUCAAAAUCAACUGGUAAUUUUCUCACUUUAGCAGAUGCUGUGGAAAAGUACUCAGCUGAUGGUGUUCGUCUUGCUCUGGCUGAUGCUGGUGAUUCUUUAGACGAUGCUAAUGUAAAAGAAGAAAUGGCUGAAGCUGGACUUUUACGUUUGUAUAGCCUUUUGGAUUGGUUCAAUAUGACUUUGGAGAUUUUAAACGAUUCAACUUUACAACAAAAAUCUAAUUAUCGAACAGGUGCUUAUACAAUGCAUGCAGAUUUCGUUUUUGAAAAUGAAAUAAAUCAUACGAUUGAAUUGGCCGAUAAAGCGUACGCUGCACAAGAAUACAGAGAAGUACUUAAAAUUGUCUUUUAUGAACUUCAGGCACAUCGUGACCGUUAUCGUGAAGUUUGUCAAGGCAGUGUACAUACUAAUCUAAUUCGACGUUAUAUGAAUAUUCAAUUACUACUACUUAGUCCAAUUUGUUCACAUGUUUGUGAACAUAUAUGGAUUAAUCUGUUAAACAACAAAACAUCAAUAUUUUGUGAAAAAUGGCCUGAACUUAGUUGUCCAGUAGAUCGAAUACUUCUUUUACAAGGUCGUUACAUAGAUGAUACCGCUCAUGCUUUUAGAUUACAACUUAAACAAUACCAAUCAUCAAAGUCUUUCAAGAGUAGUAAAUUUGUUGGAUCUCAUUCUGUUACACAGUUUAUUCCACCUUCGGAUGCCGUUGUUUGGGUUGCUAAAGCUUAUCCAACAUGGCAGGCACAAAUUCUUGAAAUUAUGGCAGCUAAUCUUUCCGAUGAUGGUAAAACGUUAGCAGAUAAUGCAACAUUAGCUCAACUUUUACGUCCUCAUCUAAAGGCUAUGGGUAGAAUGGCAAAACGUGCUAUGCCAUUUGUACAGUUAGUCCGGGAACGGUUUUUAAUUCACGGUAAACAAGUUCUUCAACUUCAGUUAGAGGUGGAUGAAUGUGAAGUAAUUAAAAAGAAUUUAUCCUAUCUUAUAUCGACUUUAGGAUUAAGACAACCUGAUGGUUUAAAAUAAUUUUCUGUUGUUUUUCUAAACAGUUUUGGAAUACAUCAAAUAAAUUUCACUUCAGUACCUUGUCGUUAGUAGUUUUGGUCUAGCAAUUGCCCUAGAUUUUUAUAUGGUGGUGAUCCAGUCAGUUUAAGUAUUUCAUUCAUGUUGCGGUGUAACACAUGUGAACUUUAACACAAAUUUCUUGCAUUAUAGGAUAUUUUUAUGUAAUAAAUUCAGCUAAACGGAUUUUUGAUUAGUUGACAUCUGGGUUAUUUUGCUACUUAUUCUCAUUCCGGUAGAUUCAGUAAUAAUAUCUCGAAACUAUAAAAAGAAAGUAGCUUCAAAGCUUUUAUGUUUAGAGUAAUUAAUUAACCAUUAAAGUGAAUGAACACAUUAGUAAUACCGUUUUUUAUUGUGAAUGGUGUUAGCGUUUUGGUGUGUUAUAAAGCGAACUUUAGUAAAUAUUCAAAAGGGAAAUAGGUGGGAUGACAAAGAUAUACUUUAGCUUGGUUAUGGUGGAGUUCUGUUCUCUGUGCUAGAUGGUUUGUUUGUGGAGCCUUCAUCGUUCUUCUGAACGACAUCAGCACAAACUUCAUGUUGAAGUAAAGUAUUCGAAUCUGUCUACAUGGACUCACAACUUGUCCUGUAGACCUAGAUCUUGACUAGCUAUUGUUAACCUUUAACCUGUCAUCGUUUACUUCCUUCGCUUCGUUAUUUCGAACUUGACUUUACAAAUCAAUCACUUUUCCAAUGGAUAUAUACUUAAUGUAAUAUCUUCAUCACAAAUGAGUUACAUUUUAGUAACCUCAUGAUUAAACGUGCAUUGUUUUACUUCCUCUGGUAUUAUCCAAUUACAUUUUCUGUUUAAGAAAAACUGCUCAUCUGAUCCAUCA